AGUUCCGUUUUUAUUGUGAGAAAAUUUGCGACAUUUUUACAUAGCCUAACGUGAAAAGAAUUGUUAAUUUUUGUUUUAACUCGUGACAGGUUGCUAAUAGCUUAUAGCAGAAUGGCGCGUCGCUCAAAUUUCAUCGAGGGCAACGACAACUUUCGCGAGCAGAAUUUGCGUUUUGUGAGGAACGAGUUCGAGGACAAUAUUAACCAGUUCUUUGGCGGUGCUAAUCCGGACGGAGGCAGCAGCCAGCAGAAGCCGCCACCUCGGGACUCGCUAAUUGUGCAGCCAACGCCAGGAAUCUGUGUGAAGAGCUUUAAGGUGAAUAGCAAUGAGAAGUUCUUUAUUAACGUGUGCCAGGCUCCAGAAGUUCCAGCACCCGAAGAUGUAACCGAGGAGGAGUUGAUUGCCAUACUAGAGUCCCCCACUCCGGGCUCGUUUCGAGUGCCCAUGAGUAUUUCGGAACCGCGGCAUACCAAGGAUCGUUCCGAUAAAACCGUCGAUGUCUGCGACAUUGCCAUCAAUCCAAAGUUCCUGGUGAAGAUCCAAAAAUCACAGCUAUUCAACAACUUUUUUCUGCAAAUUGUUGCCGAGGCGAUGAGCGAGAAGUAUAAUAUCCAAAUUAACAUGCAGAAGACCAUCACACUGAACAAUCGCAAGUUCAUUGGCACCUUGGUUUCCCAUCGAGUGCGCAAUGAUGAUGUUAAGAGAGCUCAGCCAGGGUCUGGUGAAGCUAUUGCUGGCCGGGAACUCGCUGCCGGAACAUCGGAUAAAUCCGGAAAGUUGGUCCAGGAGAUCAACGAAAAGGAUGCGGCAGCAAUCAAGAACAUUUUUCGGUCGACUGGCGGUGGUCACGAAUUGAAGUACAAGCUUCGGGCGCGAGUUCGCGAGGAUAUUGUUGAUGAGAUCCAUGCCGAGAUUUAUCUACCCAAUUGCGUUUCCUCACAGGAGGUUAACUUGGAUGUUGGGGAGGAUCGCAUCUUGGUGGAGUCUCAAAAGCAUGGCUAUGUCUUUGACAAGUUUGUGAACUACCGUCUGCAGCAAGAUCGCGCCCAGGCUUUGUUUGAUAAGACCAGCAAGAUGCUGCAGAUUCGCAUUCCAGUGUUUAUCAACUAAUAGUUGUUAUGCUUGUGAUUAGAUGUCUAAAGAAGUUUACCAAUUGCCUGUGACUAUUGAAUAAUUUAUAAUAAAUUGCUGAAAGGCAGAUUGAAAUUACGAAAUAUAA